AUGUCAGACAAUCGGGUGAUAGACAUUAUCAAGUUGGUGGGGCUAGAAGGAUUGUUUAGGGCCCCGUCCAGAGAGAUAGAUCAUGGCCUAAUAUCGGCCCUAGUUGUGCGAUGGCGGCCAGAAACUCAUACGUUCCAUCUUUCACAUGGUGAGAUGUCAAUCAUCCUACAAGAUGUAGAGGUCAUUUUGGGACUUCUUAUAGAUGGUGAGGUCUUGGUUGGGCCAACUGGUGGGGGGGAUUGGAGCACUCUGUGCGAGGAGUUGCUUGGUUUUGCAGUUUCGGCGAAUGACAAAAAAACUUUGGUGGGGCAAAGAAUUCUCAUCAACCGCCUUGUUGAGCACAUUGCAAAGCCAUUGCCUCAUGAUGCAAUGGAGAUUCAGAUACAUCAGUAUGCCCAGUGCUAUAUUUUAGCACUACUAGGGGAUAAGAUUUUCAUGGACAAGUCGGGAGAUGGUGUGCAUCUGAUAUUCUUGGAGUUCCUUGGAACCUUUGUGAUCCGCCAUAGUAUAGUUGGGUAUUGGGCAUGGGCAAGGUUGCCAUUCUUGUGCCCGAAGAUAGAGCCCCCACCUGGAUGUGAUUAUGGUCCAUGGCCAAAAGCUCCACUUGCAUUUAAUGCCUUAGCUCAGGAUUAUAGUGAUGGGAGGGAGUUUCUGAAGUCAUUGCUUUUCAUAUCUGAUACAAAGGAAUCUCCUAAGAUAAUCAAGAUGGUAAUUCUUAAAAGAGGAUUUGAUCGAACUUAG